AUGACUGCUGUUUCUGUAUUUCUAAACUCAAUUUUUAUACCAAUUGUUCAAAUUGGCUUUAUGAAAUUCAAAUUUAAUUCAACAUAUCGAAGUCAACUAAGUGGAAUACUUAGUCCAGAUGAAUUUCAAGAAUCAAUGAAAAACAUCAAUCAGACACUCAUUUCAAUGAAUAAUUUUAGGAUGAUUUCUCUUCUAACCUUUUUUUUGGGUCUAAAAGCUGCAUUUAUAUGUAUAUCGAUGUCUAUAAAUGGUCCAUUUAAGAUUGAUGUAUUAUUUGGCUUUAGUAUUGCUCUGUUCAUCUUAUCUUUAAUAUCACUUAUUAUUUUAAUUUUUAUUGUGCCUAUCAGUCUCAAACGAAUACGUGAAGUAAUUGCUAAAGAAUCACUGAAAUAUUGUUCAAGAUUACCAGCACCAUGCGAUUGGAGACUGGAGAAUUGGAACCAAGGCAAUUUACUAUGUCCCAGUUAUAAAAUAACGUGCUAUCGUUUAGUGAUUGUUACUGAUCGUUUUAUGAUUGAAGAGGAUGCAAUGCAUCAUUCUGAACAAGUCGUUCCAGUAUCAAUAACAUUGUUUCAACAUCAAGAUAAUUCUUCGCCUCCUCCAUAUUCUCAUGAAGACAUUCCAAUAUCAGAAUCAUUGUUUCAGCAACACGAUGAUUCUUCACCCCCACCAUAUUCUGAUCAACUUUCAAGAUUCUGCUCUCAAUGUAAUGUAACACGAUCAGAUCUGACAAUUAAAUUUUGUUCAUUAUGUGGACAUUCGUUCGAUAAAUAUUGA